AUGACGUGGGACAUCACUCGAACCAUGUCGAGAAUCAAAAGCACCAGACUCCAAUCCAGACUCCUUUCAAUUGAAGACCGAAGAGCCCAACUUCCCCGAGGAGAGGGAGGCUGGAAACGCUACAUAGAAUGGGAGCACUACCCCGAAAAGAAAAAGCAAGCCGCCGCCUACCUAUCUCAAUACAACUUCCCCAACAAUUCCAACUCAGCCCCUUUCCCACCACCAACCCCAUCCUCUCAGGCAUCCGCUGGAAACAAUCCCACUACGCCCUCGGCACGACCCUCAAAUACAUCCCCUUCCAUCUCCUCGUCCUACGUCCUCGCCGAAAAAGCCCUCGACAUGCUCCACGUGCUCCAAUUCCCCUACAACGGCGAACACCCCCGCGCGCGCCUCGUCACUUCGCCCAUCACGCCCAACGGCGACCACCUCAUCCGCAACCACGGCGGCAUCCCCGAGAUCGACGCGGGCGCCCUAUACGAUCGACAUCGGCGGGCUGCGCCGUCGUCACCCAUCCAGUGCGGCGACACGCGCCGCAUCGAGCAGAUCCGCGCGUACCCCGGCGAACGGCGCCGAGCUGAUCAACGCGCCGUGGGGCGCCGGCGGCCAUCGGGAGCGCGCGCUGGACGGGCGUGUCGCUCAUCGCUCAAGAAGGCCAUCAAGCACUGCGGCGGGCUCAAGCGCCCCGCCGCGGCGCAUCUCGAGCUCUGCGGCGCGGAUGCCGACUUCCAGAAGGGCCAGCAGGUGCAGAACUACGGCGUGUCGGUGCCCGUUGGCGGGAAGGUCAAGGUGAAUGAGGUGCUGCUCGCGUGGGAGAUGAACGGCGAGUCGCCUGCCGAGGAUCCAUGUAUCCAGGAUAUGCCCGUCAGUUCGGCUGUCAUGACGCCCGUCACGAUGGAACAGAUCGUGCAUGAUGGGACUAUCAAGCUACGGGGGUGGGCGUACAGCGGCGGCGGGCACUGGCCGGAGCGUGUAGAGGUGAGCUCGGAUGGCGGAGGGAAGUACUAUUACGCGUGGAGGUUGUGGCAGAUUGAUUUGCCUGUUGAUGCGGAGGGGUGGUUGGACUUUUGUGUGAGAACGUGGAAUAAUGCCUUGAACACGCAGCCAACGUUUGUGAGGAGUGCUUGCUGGGACCUCCAUGUCACGUCGUCGUGCCAUCGCAUCAAGAUCUACAGCAUCAACCACUCUCGUCCAGCAACAGCGGCGCGACUGAAGUGGCUAGAGGAGGAGGGGAUUACAAUCUUGCCAAUUACGCAGCCCAUAGAGUUGAGUCUUGAGAGCGACGAGGAUUAUGAUAGGGAGAUGGAAAGGAAGAAAGGGCGCGAUCCGAUUGAGUAA